CCUAGUGAACUUGGUGAAGGCUGGGGUUGCCACACCGGUUGUCGAAAUUUGGAUGCAGCACUUUCACACCGCUCCGGUGAUUGUCCUCCCACCACGCCCAUUGGUCGAGUUCAGGACUCCGGAGGAAACGAUGAAUGGAUGCUUCUGCACGAAGAGGGUGCGUCUAUGGCUGUCUGCACAUUGGAUCACGACUGUCCAGAGGGGAAGAAGUGCUGUUCUGGCACGUGCCAACAGCCGGCUUUUUCAGACAAUAUACCGAAACACGUCUUGCCUCCACAAAUCACAGAGGAGAGUAAACCAAGGGCUUUUGAAUUGACGUGGAAUGUAGCUAAUGAAAACAAGGGCUCCAUUGAGGAGCCAAUAAUCUACGUUCUGCAGGUUCGAACAUUUUUCGGUCCCGAGUUCGACCCGAUGACUUCUGACACGUGGAAGACUUUGACCAUGACCACCAUUCCAGGCGCUCGAUUAAGUGAACCUGACGUGGGUUGGUGGUACCAGUAUCGAAUUGCAGCCGUUAACCGAUUUGGAUCAAGAGGAUUCGGUGAUUCCACCACGCCACCAGUUCAUUUGACCAGCCAACUCCCAAGGGCUGCUUCCGCUCCAAGACAACUUGCUGACGGCGUCUGGAGGUUCUAUGCAGACGGUGGGGUUGAUGUUCGCAUUGAUUGGAAGCCACCGGCCACCGCUGUUAUCCCUGUUACUGAAUAUCGGAUAUCCUGGGCGCCGGAAACUCCUUCUUCGGACAAUCGAGCGGUAUUUGGGGAGAAGGCGACGGCUUUUCUGCACAUCGUUCCAGCCACGCAAACCCACUAUGUCCUCCAGGACCUCAAAACGAAUAUGUCUUACAACAUUCAGGUGCAAGCAAUUUCUUCGUGGGGUUCGAAAAUAUUCACCUCAAGUGCCGCCUCCCACUUCAUCACAACUCCAGGACUUCCCAAGAGGGAAAUCCACUACCGGAACCAACCCUGGCUAGCAGACACCUCUGACAACAACAUUGACUAUGGUGAGCUGAUUUGCAGCAUUGUUUUGGAACGCCUCAGAGGAAUCGGGCUUUCAAGGGUAGUAGUCGUGGUUCACGUUUGCAUCAUGCUGCUUCGUUCCUCACUGAUUGUUUCCAAUUUCCAUCAAGGUGAUGCACGCGUUUCAUGCAGCUGUGACAAGGUCAGGCCGCGGGAUGACAACAAUCGCCUACACAUCGCAUCCAGUUUUCGUGCCCUGCGUUUCUCCCAAUCACCUGGCCGUCUGCUUACCAUUCGAUUUGCCAAUGACCCAGGUGUUUUUGAUGGCCAGUUCCUGAAGACCAUGCUGACGGUCAAUGAAUUCUCCGAAAACGCGACUGCUCCCCUUCCAACAGGUACGAUCCGUCUUCGCUUGAACACAAAACAGGAGCACCCCAAUAAGAAGCUGUCUCCACGACUCCUCACUAUCCAGUGGAAGCAGCUAGCUUGCAUAGAAACUGGAGCACAAAUGUCGAAGACGUUCAUGCCCCUCAAGCCAUUGGAUAAAUCGGGAUCAGCCUCUACACCAAGUGAGGAAAGUCGUUUCAUGGUGCUCGAACCAGUGCAGCAUGGUGACCCGGUGGUACCUCCAGACGGUCAGCUAAUCCGAAAGGGGCGGGUAGAAAUAUCGUCGCUGCAGCUUAACUGUCAUUACUCUCUCUUUGUGGCUCCACAUAAGCGCAAGUCAAGUGACGCGCAGUCACAAGAGCCCACGGCACAGCCGUCCAUUCCCAUCGGUUGUUUGUGCACUCCGGCCUGCUUCGAUGACCAGUCAAUGGCGUGGGCAUCCCAUUUCAGUUGUUCAAAUCAAGUGUCUGAUGCUCUUCCGCCUCCAACAAAUUUGCGCUAUCAGCUUAUCUCCGAGACGCUUGUGUAUAACAUGUCAUGGGGACCACCAUUUAGUUUGCGGCAUCCACGAAGCCCACGCCUUGAUACACACCCAGAACUCAAUCUCUCCGAUCUCUUCUACAGGGUGACGUGGGGUCCAGCCAUGGAUAAACAUUUGACUCCUCACACGCUGACACUGAUGGCCGACCCUCACCCGCGCCUCAGUCCGACGGAAUCUCAAACUAAAGUCCUCCCAAAUGAUGAAACAUCCUUCCUACUAGACUCCCUCCAACCAAAUAGCGUUUAUAUUUUCAAGAUCCAGUCAAUUCUGGUUCGACCGCACAGGCGAAUUGGUAGCCAUCAGGAGAGCAGUCUUCCGCAAAUCCUUCAAGCCAGUCGUGAAUCGUUCCUCUACAUUCAAACGCCGACCCUGACCAUCGCAGUCAGCCCUCAUGGGGGUAGUGCGGCUUAUAAACCAAGUGUAUAUCUUGAAUUCCUAAUAAGUAAGACCCUGUAUCUGUGCGUUCCUUGUUAA